AUGGGCGGUUGCGCGGGUCAGGGCAACCUGUUGCGGUAUCCGUCUGUAUUGUACAACAACUAUGGGCUCCAAUGGUUCGUGCCAUAUUUGCUAGCCGUAUUUCUGAUCGCCAUACCAUCCCUAAUUCUGGAGGUGUCCAUUGGUCAAGCCUAUCGCGGCGGUACCGUCAUCGCGUUCAACAACAUCAACCGCCGCUUGAAGGGAGUAGGCCUUGGACCCGUGAUAGUCAGCUUUCUAGUUGUGCAGUAUUUCACAGUCAAUCUUGCCUGGAUCAUGAGCUAUUUUCGAUGGAGCUUCACGAGCCCACUGCCAUGGGAAGGUCGACUUGAAGACUUCUACUGGAAUGACGUUCUAUCUGUUGGCAAUAUUACAGAAGGCAGCCUGAGUCCCGAUGGCAACUCGGUACAGGCUUACACGGGUUUUCCUCACGUUAAAAUCGUCGGAGAGACUGUGGGAUGGUCCAUCUUUGUUUGGUUCCUCAUCUGGAUCUCAAUCUUCCGCGGAGUUGGCAUGACUGGUCGAGUUGUAUACUUUACAAUGGGCCUGCCAAUUGUCACCACGAUCAUCUUCGUAGGUAGAGCACUAUCGCUCGAGAAUGCCAGAGAAGGAGUCGCACUCGUCUGGACGAAUUGGCGAAGCGAUCAGCUGGCCUCUGGAACUGUUUGGCAGACUGCUGUUGGACAAGUUUUCUUUUCUACUGGAAUUGGCUUUGGCUACUUCACGAGUUACGCUAGCUAUAACCAAAAGCACGCUAACGCUGUGAUGGAUGCGAUUCUCAUCUGUGGUAGCAACGUGCUAUUCGAGAACUUUGCGGCAUUCGCCGUUUUCGGUGUUGUCGGUUAUCUGCGAAGGUGGCCCGAAGAUGGUGUGAGACUUGGUGCCUUCGUCGUGGGCUUUUUGACACUGCCUGAAGCUGUGCUACAGAUGCCUGGAGCCAACUUCUGGGCCAUCCUAUUGUUCUUCACUCUGAUAGUCCUAGGUUUUAGCUCCGCAUUCGUUAUGCUAGACGUAGUUGUCACACUCAUCUGUGACUCUGGUCUGACGAAGCUGUCGCGGCCCUGGGUCGUCACGAUACUCACUGUCAUAUCUUUUCUCAUGUGUAUCCCGUAUUGCACUGAAUUCGGCUACUACCUUCUGGAUGGUGUCGAUCGAUGGGUCAACAAUAUUGCACUCAUUUUCGUGGUCUGGACCGAGGUGACUAGCUCGACGACAGUAUACCGAUGGUCCGACAUCGUUCAGCAAACUGGUCUGCCAGCAUUUGCUGUUUACAAUUUUGGCUUUUUCGGAGGCCAGCUCUUCGGCAUUGUUCUGGCGCACGGCAUCAGCAACCCCGGAGCCGGGGUGGGUGCAGGCAUUGGGCUAUAUGUUGUUUGUGCGAUCAUUGCGACUGUUAUCGCGCGUUCUCCAGACACUGCGGCCCCUAAGUUUACCAAGAAGGAUAUUUGGAACUCGAGCACUUUCGUUCGUAAAUUUUGGUUCCUUGCUUUCUACUCCGGCAACCAAAUACGCCGCGAUCUGAACGUCAUCGUAGGCGUCGGGAAAAACUGGACGAUUCCUUCGUUCCUUCCCAUCCUCCUCCGCUACAUCAGCGGCCCGGUCCUUGCAAUCAUCUUCUCGUUUGCUUACCCCGAAUUCCACACCCUCCGCUACGACCCUAUGAUGAUUACUGGUUUCAUCAUUGCCCAUCUCACUAUGUUGACCGUAAUCCUUGGCUACGCCAUCCCAAGAUAUUAUGAUGCACUGAUUCCUGUUCAACGGCGCGGCGAGGGUACAGAGCCGACCGUGGCAAUGGACAAUAAGGGCGAGUUGGGUGGGAGGCCAAUUUCUAAUAUGGCGGAAAGGGGCGAAGUACCGCCUGGGUAUGACAGUGACGAGGACAAAGCGCGGGUCAAGGCAGCAAAAUAG